UCCGGUUGCACACCACCUCUUCCUCCUGUCCCUCGUGUUUGUGUCACGUUCGAUUCUCCCAAGCUGAUCUUGUGUCGCCGGAAUUGAGCAGGGGGGGACGUGCCGCGACGGAUCGAGGCGAUGCGGCAGGCGGUCGGCUUGUGCAAGGCCCAUCAACUUCGGCCGGCCGCGCUGCUGUCCCCGCGGCCGUUGCUCCGGCGAGCGUCCCCCUGCCUCCCUGCAGCGGGAGCGGGUGGGGAGCUCAGGAGGGCCAGCGCCGCGUCGCGGUUGGUGGUCAGGAGGAGAUGCCAAGAAGAGGAGCAGCAGCAACAGCAGGAGGAGGAAGAGCGGAGCAAUGGCGGUGGUGGUGAUGGGGAGCAAGAGCAGAGAACAUUUCUCAGCUUGGAGGAGGCCGGGCUGGUGGAGAUGUCCGGCCUCAGCACACACGAGCGAUUCCUCUGCCGCCUCACCAUAUCGUCGUUGAAUCUCUUGAGAGUGAUUUCGGAGCAAGAAGGCGUCCCCAUUGAGGAGCUCAACGCAGGCCUUGUUUGCGACUGGUUCGUCAAGGACAAGCUCAAGAGGGAGCAGAACGUGGGCUCAGCUGUCCUGCAGUGGGACGACCCUGGUUUCUAGCUCCAUCAUCCGUUUAUGGAUGAUGGUGAUUUGGUGGUCUUGCCGGCGUCUCCACCGAGAAACAGGGUUCAUCAAGUCAACAUUUUUCUCGGUUGAUAGAGCUCACUGAUCACUUUCUUUGAAUUAAAGAGGGUUCCUUUGUCUUGCGACACUCGUUGUGCCUAAUUGGGCUUUUUACAUGUCAGUACAUGACGACCUGUAUCACUUCCUUUGUAUGCCAGAGACCAAAGCCAGAAACACAGCUUAAUUACGAAGAAUCAGUUUCAAGAAUAUAUGGAUCAGAAAUUGCUGUCGGAUUGUUUUCAA